AAUGGCGGGCUACCUCUGUGAGGAAUCGUGCGUGGAACCAUAGACUCACAUGGCAAUGACCUGGGCGACGGAAUACAGUACACGCGGGUGAGAGAGAGAGAGGACAGUAUUUGAGAAAACAUUACCUUGAGAAGUCAACGGCGAAUACAACUCCAAAGUGAUAAAGGUGCAGUCAUUGACAAUGCUGGAGGAGUUUUCUCUGCCGGUGAUAGCGUUGAUGGUGUUGGUGCUAGGCUUCACUGUCGUGGUGACGAACGCUCUGAACUGUACCUACGGCAAGAUCCCUUGCCCAAAAGGACACGCUCAGACAUCUGUUUUUCCAGGGAAAUAUCCGUCAUCGGAAAUUCGACACAAGUGGACAAUCGCGGACUCCAUCAUGUCCUGCACAGCUGGUCGGAGAAGCUCGGCGGUGUUUUCAGUUUUAAAGUUUUCAAAAAGAAAUCGUUGUGCUUAGCAGUUACGAGGCUAUCUACGAAGCCUUGAUUGAGAAGCACGAGAUUUCGCGGGAAGACCGAGCACGUAUCGCACGGAACACUCUGGAAGGAGUAAGCAUUCCAUUGUCUGGCAGACGUACACUCCAAAACUGCAACUACUGCGGAAGCACGUUCAGAAAUAUAUGAAAGUUUAUGGGACUGGAAUGGGGAUUUUGGAAGGGCGUUGUAAACCAGAGAUAGAACUUCUACUAAAAAAAUUCAGGGAUACGAACGGAUCUGCCUUCGACCCUUGGGAUAGUAUUUAUCCAGCUGUUUGCAAUGUAAUGAUUUUACUGCUUCUUGGGAAGCGGUUAAGCCAUUCCCACCCAGAUUUUCAGAAAGUCUUGGAGAUAAAUAAACUUUUUAACCAACUCUUCAGUCCUGGGGAAAGCCUGGAACUGGAUUAUCGCCCAUGGGCCUCUCUUCACAAUACUCAGUCUCAAGAGCGACUACACAGUGCACUGCGUCUACGCGACAAAUUCUUCCAGGAGCAAAUUGUACCUUUACAAGCAGCAGAUUGUAGCGCGGAUGAUUGCAUCUUGAAGAGUUUGUUGGAGUACACAGACCUAGCCACAGAUUCUGAUGUUGACAUCACGAACGAUACCGUGAAGGAAGUCUUCACCAACCUCUUGCUGGCAGGUACUGACACCACAGCAACUGCUCUGGCAUGUCUUCUGCUAAUUUUGCUCCACUACCCGGAUGUACAAGACAGCUUGCAUAAGGAGAUGGAUCACGUGUUAUCAGAGCGCUGUCUGCCGACAUUGUCUGACAAACAGAGGAUGCCAUAUUUGGAUGCAGUGCUGAUGGAACUGUGUAGGUUUAUAAGCCACGUGCCGCUUGCAGUGCCGCACUCCACUACGCGAGACACCGAAGUGUGUGGAUAUCCAGUGCGAGCUAAUACAACUGUAUAUAUUAAUCUGUGGUCGCUUCACCAUAGUGAGUCUUAUUGGAAAGAUCCAUGGCAAUUUAUACCUGAGCGAUUCUUAAAUUCAUCAGGGAAAUUGAUAUCGCCAGAUCAUCCUAACAGACGCAGAUUGAUGGCGUUUAGUGCAGGCCGUCGAGUUUGUCUGGGAGAAACCUUGGCCAAGAACCGGAUGUUCCUGUUUGCCGCCUCCAUCUUGCAGAAGUUCCGCUUCAAGCCGGAAGUGGAUAGUGCUUUGCCAGAUAUGGACCCGAGGGGUUUCGACUUUGGCCUGGUAUUGCAUCCUAAGAGAUUCCGUUUAAGGGCUGUACCCAGGGAGACGGAAACGUGACCAAUCUCAAAAUACCUGAUUGAUAAUUAGAUGAUUAUAAGUUAUUCAUGGCGGAAAAAUGGAAAGGCGGUUCAGACGGGUUUUAGAAUGUGACAUGUGGGAUUGUUUACUCAUUAUUCAUUAUACAUAUGCAGGAGAAAUGUGUGAUUGGCAGUUAUAACUGUGAUGUCAAAGAGUGGAUGUCUCUGGAAUACAAGUGAUGAAGUGCGCAAAAGCAUGGGUUCGAGAUACCGAGAAGUACUUAUCGGUUCAUUGUGGCUUGAACAGAUCAAUAAACUGAACCAGUCUGUUCCUUUAAUAUAUUUUUUCUUGGGCUUUGUAUGAAUUUUUAGAAAACGCUUAAAUCUCUGAAAUGCCCAACAAACGUACAAUAGUCUGUAUACACCACAUAAUAAGUAGAUUUAAACCCAGUAUGAUCGUACAUAAUCACCGUACGGUAAUAUCUAUUUCCAAUAUUUCCUAAUAUUGCCAGCAGCUGAGUGUUCCGUGGCUAGGGGUUAUAUGAACAGUUGCAAUCAAAGCGCAGAUGAGAUACAUGUCUUGAUUAACGACAUCUAGCAUGGCACACGUUUUGGAUAGUAAUUU